AUGCAGGAGAUGGAAGGUCAGAUUGGGGAGGGAGAGUUGAAGGACAGGUUUGCGAGGCCGGGGAGGAAGGACGGGAAAGCUGCGCCGGGGACGCCGGCACCUGCUAUGCCUAACAAAGCGUUGUACAACUUCUUACAGGGCUUCCUGGCGAACAGGUGCAAGACGGGGGGUAGUGCUGCUGGGGCUCCUACGAAGGGAAUCAGUGCUGAUGUGGCGGGGGAAGGCAAGUAG